AUGGAGAGCGAAAAAAUUCCAGAAGAAAUCACCAUCGAAAUUCUGUCGAAACUCCCGGUAAAAUCCUUCUUGAGAUUCAAGUGCGUUUGCAAAUCAUGGCAUUCAUUGAUCUCCACCAAACACUUCAUCAAAACUUACCUUAAAAACUCAACGAAUAACGACACUCUCGACGACAGCACCAUGAUCAUCGCAUCCCCUUCGAGAGUUUCGGGAUCUCGUGGAGGAGUAAAGGCCUGUUCUUUGUUCUCGUUGCUCACCGAGCCGGUUACUCGCGGAUUACCUCUUGAUUUUCCGAUGAACCCUUCUAGAGAUUUACUUAUUGUUGGUUCUUGCAAUGGUUUGGUCUGCGUUCUUAUGGUGGACGCAUGCCGGUUUUUCUUGUGGAACCCUAAGAAAAGUGAGUGUAAAGAAUUGCCUGAUUUCUUCGCCGGAGUGGAUCGCACGAGCAAAAAUCGGUGGUUCAUCGGUAGGCACGGCUUUGCGUUCGACGAGAAUAGCGGUGAUUACAAGAUUUACGUUGUUUUUCGUCUGAUUCUGAAUUCGAUUCCUUCUGCUAUAUCUGUUGCAAGACUGUAUAGUUUGAAGGCCGAUUCGUGGGGAGAACCUGUGCCCGUUGUGGAUGGAACUAAGUUUGAGGCAGGGAAGUUUGCGAGCGGGAAGCUUCACUGGAGAAGCGAUUUCCGAACGAAAUCGAAAUGGAUGAUUGUUUGCUUGGAGUUGAAGAGUGUAACGUUUGGAACCGUCGAGCAGCCGAGUUGUUUGUACAAUUAUUUCAGCCCGGGAUUGGGAGUUCUGAAAGGAUCUCUUUGCUUAUAUUUUGACUAUCCUCAACAUAUAGCUGUCGGGUUCGAUAUCUGGAUUUGGAAAAAGUACGGGGUGGAAGAUUCUUGGGCUAGGUUGUUGACUAUUCCUUAUGAGUCCGUUUCUUGGGGGCCUUCGUAUUCGACAUUUAUGCAUGAUGACAUAAUCCCGUUGCUUGUUUUGCCAAACGACGAGGUUUUGUUUACAAUUGCGUCUGAUUUUUUCAUUUACAAUCCGAACGAUGAUUGUGUUGGGAAACUGGACACCUUUGACUUUGACCUCGAAAGUGCUCGUGCUUGUGAAGCGCAUGUCUACACAGAAAGUUUAGUCUCGCUCGCUCGUACUUGACGGUGGUGAUUGAUUUAGUGAUGAUUUAUUGUUAUCUCGUUUUAUUGGAGUAUGAUAUUUAGUGAUGAUUUAUUG